GGGCUUGAAAGUUUCUCAAGCCAACAUGGACUGUUGAGAGUGAAAGACAGAGGAGCCACAAACAAAUAUCACUCACUCAAACCAAAGCCAAAACCAAUACCGAAUUCAAUUCAAAUGACUUCUUUCUCUCUCAUCAAUUCCCUGAAUUCCGAUUCCGAUUUCAAUUUGUUAUCGGAUUCUUUUUCCUGGGAAAACUCCCUACCUUUCAAUGAAAACGACUCCCAGGAGAUGCUCCUCCUGGGCAUGCUGGCCAGCUCCACUCAGGAAACCUCAGAAACAGUUUCUUUGAAUCGAGUGAAGGAGGAAGAAGUGACUUCCCAGGAAAAUCCCGAGAAGGAGAAGUCAUACAGAGGCGUUAGGAGGCGGCCAUGGGGGAAAUUCGCAGCAGAAAUAAGGGACUCGACCAGGCAUGGCAUAAGGGUGUGGCUGGGAACAUUUGACAGUGCAGAGGCAGCUGCUCUGGCCUAUGAUCAAGCUGCUUUUGCGAUGCGGGGCCCUGCGGCAGUCCUCAAUUUCCCGGUGGAAAGAGUGAAGGAAUCGAUGCAGGAGAUCAAGUGCAUCUUGGAGGAGGGGGGCUCACCAGUGGUGGCCCUCAAGAAGAGGCACUCUAUGCGGAGAAAAAGUCCUUGCAAGAAACAUAAAAGUGAAGAGGUGAGGUUAGAAAAUGUGGUAGUGCUGGAGGAUUUGGGUACUGAAUACUUGGAACAGCUCCUCACUUUCUCUGAGACCUCUAGUCCUUGAUCAUCAUCAUCCAUCACCUGGAUAGCUUCUUCUCUUUGCUCUGUUUCUUACUUUUCUCUCUCUCUCUCUCUCUCUCUCUCUUUUUUUUUUAUGUAAUUUUUCUUAAUGUAUUUUUGGAGAUGGCGGGGGUGUAGUGGUGGCAAUUAUCCAUCUAGAAUUUUUCAAAAGAUAUGUUCUUUUGUUUCUUUGUAUAAAGUUGAAAAGUGGGGAUCAAUUGUGAUGGUGCUCUAUGUUCAUCCACCCAAUUUAUAUAAUCAAGGUGAUUAAUGUUUUUU